GGAAACAGCGGCCAGUGGCUUUUCCUUCCCCUGAACGAGAAUUUCCUCCUGCGCUCUCAAACACUCAUCUGAGCUCCCAGAAACUCACAAACCAGUAACAUGGAAACUGUAUUUCUCAUCUUAUUUACACUGCAUCGCCUAUCUGCAUUAAGUGGGUUUCUAAUUGCACACACUAAUAAAGGGUUAUGUCUGAGCACACACAAUGGUGUGGUGGUCUUAGGGAAGUGUGAUGAAAGUAACCCGUCUCAACACUGGAUCUGGACAAGCACCAUGAGACUCAACCACACACUUAUGUCCAGAUGUCUGUGGGCCAAUCAGAACAGUGCUGUCCCACGGCAUACUCGCCUGGUCAAACUCAGUGACUGCAACACUGCGCCGGCCUGGAAGUGCUACAACAGCCAAGGGAUUUUUGGAUUAGCAGAGACGCCAAUGUUCCUGAAAAAACAGGGUGAACGGGUCGUUGUUUGCUUUGACCAAAGGUAUUCGAACUGGUCGAUGAUCACAGUGGACUCCGAGGGAAGAAGAGUGACCGCAUCUCUGUGUCCUGCCAAAGGUCCAUUGACAGUUUCAACAAUCAAAUCCACUGGAGAAAAUACCACUUUUACAAUCCCUGUCAUUACUCAGAACACAGCAGUGACUCACCACAGCAACACGGUCAGAACCAGAACUAAACGAACUGGUAGCACAGGUCUAGGAAAUCUGUUAACAGUUACCACCAAGACAGACAUUAAAGAGAAGUUCACCCAAACGGUUAAGACAGAAUCACCCUAUGAGAUGAGUGAUGUUACGGAUUCUGGUAGUUACUCCACUGCUUUGAUAGUAACAAAGACACUAAAUGUUCCUCAAAAUUUCACUCAGAAUAGAUAUCACUUAGAAUCCACCUCAGAUGUUUUGGAGCUUACCCAUAAUUCUCCAAUUUCCCAGACAGAGUUAACACUUUCCACUUCAGAUGUUGAGCCUUCAGCUUAUUCAAUUGCAAACACUGUCACUCAGACCACUUUAGAUUCUCAUACAGAAGUGUCUGAAGGUAAUGCCAUCACUGCUGAUGUAGAUCCUGCAUUGACUGAGAGCUCAACCAGCAGUUUACUUCUAUCAAACACUGACUGGUCUUGGACAAACGGCACAACCAAAAGCUCAACUUCAACAAAGAUCAACAAAGAUGUUCAGACGGUGUUGCCAUUUAAAAACACAAGCUAUAUUACAAGAACAACCCAGGUUCUGCCCAAUAGUGCUAGUUCUACUCCAGAUAUAGCCAACAAUUCUGCCACAACUAGAGCAGAUAAUAGUGCAAUAACUACCCCAACAGCCCUGUACACAUCAACACCUGCCUCAGACACAGACGUAUUCACCUCAGUGACUUACACAACUACUGUGGCUCCAACUAUAACUGUGGAAACAAACACAACUACCAUCAUGUCCACUGCUGCUCUGAGCACAACACCAGUACCUCCACCGUCUACAGUCUCUCCUUCAAUUGCCUCCACAUCAACGAUUGAAACAACAGAGGCUGAGAAGUGUCUGGUGAACAUAACUGCAGUGAGUGUUGAUACGGAUUAUUGUGUGAUAAAUGUUACAACACCUGGUAAAUCCUGCAGCUUCACAGUGACGGACUUGACUGAUGCUACUCAAUUAACAAGAUGUUCUUACAACAUGAAAAUGCCCAACCUUUAUACAUGCCUUAUAACGGAUUUAAUUCCUGGUACUACCUACUCGUUUGGAAUCCUUUCGGAGACAGAUGGUGCACACUUGAAUUUUACAGUUCAAUCAGCACCGGGAAAAGUGGCUUGUCUGAAGCUGGUGGCUCUUAAUGAGAAGAUCUUGAGGCUCACCUGGUCACCUCCUGAUGGUGACUGGGAUUUCUACCGUAUCUUGCUCUUCAAUGGUUCCUCUGUGCUGUUAAACCAGACGGUCAACAGGAACAUUUUGGAGUUCAGCUUCACUAAUUGGACUUUGAUUCCAGGCAGACUGUAUAGAGCUGCUGUCAGUGUGGAGAGUGGAUCUCUAAGCUCAUCUGCAGACUGCCAGGGGAGAUUAGCUCCCCGGCCCGUUCAGCAGUUGAAUAUCCAUCACAGUGAUGAGACCUCUCUGAGCAUUGUGUGGACUUGUCCUGUUGGUGAAUGGGACAACUACACCAUCCUGCUGAAGGAUAGAGAUGUGACUGUGGAAAGAAGGACAUUAGAACAUGAUGUAGGGGAAUGCAGCUUUAAUAACCUGACUCCUGGACGUACCUACACCAUUACCGUGACAACCAAUAGUGGACAUCUGAAUAGCUCCACCUACGUCACAGGAAAAACCAUCCCUGCUCAGGUUACACACCUGCAGGUCAGUAAUCAGGGCAGCACAGAUGCUCUGCAGGUGUUGUGGGAUGGAGCUGCAGGUGAGGUGGAUCUGUACCGUGUACUGCUCAUCCAUGACAGUGUUGUCAUGAAGAAUGAAAGUAUGCCCCCCCACGUCACAUCUUACCACUUCCACAACCUAAGGUCUGGUGCUCUGUACAGGGCGGUGGUAACAACAGUACUCAGGGGCAUGUUGUCACGACAGACUGUAGCUGACGGACGCACAGUUCCUUCUGCAGUGAGAGACGUGACCAUAAGCAACAAUGGACGCAUGGACUUCCUGAGUGUGUCCUGGAGAGCCGCUGAAGGGGACGUGGACAGUUACUCUGUCACUCUGAGAGAUCAGGAGAGGACUGUUCAUACCCUGACUGUGUCGAAGUUCAGUACUGAGUGUGUUUUUAAGUCUCUGGUAUCUGGACGUCUCUACAACAUCUCCAUCACCUCACGCAGCGGAGAGUAUGAAAACCACACCGUGGUUCAGGAGCGUACACAACCGUCCACCGUGUUGAACCCUACAGCCACUCACAUGGCUCGAGAUGACCAUCUGAAGGUAUACUGGCGUCAUGCAGCUGGAGACUUUGACUACUAUCAUGUCUCCCUGAAGCACAACAACAUCUUCCACCAGAAUAAGACGAUACUGAAGACUCAGAAUGAAUGUGUGUUUAGUGGUCUGGUACCAGGUCGACUCUACACUGUCAUUGUCAGUACAUGGAGCGGGAAAUAUGAGUCCAGCGUCUCCACACAUGGAAGGACAUUGCCAGCAGGAGUGAGGAAUCUCUCACUAGCAGACAGUGGCACAGAAGAUCUGUUGGUGAUAUGGGAUUCUGCUCCAGGAGAUGUUGAUCAUUAUGAGGUUCAGUUGCUCUUCAAUGACAUGAAGGUGUUUCCGCCCAUUACACUGACCAGCACCACGAAGAGAUACCUGCUCUCAUCACUCACUCCUGGACGACUCUACAAAAUCGUGGUGUCCACCUUCAGUGGACCAAACCUCAGUGUGCAGUUUAUCAAAGGCAGAACAGUUCCCAGUAAAGUAAAGAACAUUCACAUCAGUAAUGAUGGGCAAAGCAGCAGUCUUAGAGUGAACUGGACACCAGGACAGGGGGAUGUGGACCGGUACGUUGUGUCGCUGUCUCAGAUGGGCAGUCGGGCUGAGGAGAGAUCAGUCCCUAAGCAUGUGAAUGAGAUAAGUUUCCAGGGUCUACUGCCUGGACAGCAGUACAUGAUCACUGUCACAUCAAUCAGUGGAUCUCUGAUCAAUAACAGCACGGCAGCAGGACGAACAGUUCCUUCCUCCGUGACAGCUCUACAAGUGAAGAACCAGCGCAGCACGUCCAGUUUGCUUUUGUCGUGGCAGGCGGGUCGCGGCAUUUAUGAUGGCUACCGGCUGCAGCUUUUAGAUGAGAGAGGUGCUCUAGUGUCCAACACAUCUGAGACAGCAGAAAGCAGCCAGCAUAGCUUCACACAGCUCACCCCGGGAAAAAAAUACCGCAUCCUGGUCCAAACUGUUAGCGGAGGAAUCAUCAGCAAAGACGUCAUCACUGAUGGCCAAACCUGUCCAGCGACUGUUAAAAAUCUGUCCGUCGUAAGCAACACCACCACGAGUCUGUCGUUCCACUGGGUGCUUCCAGCGGGGGAGUUUGAUGGAUUUGAUGUUUUUCUGUACAAUGGUGAUGAAAGCUUGCACGAGCGUAAAACAGGAGGGGUGAUCAUGCAGGACUGUUCUUUUCAGAACCUCCAACCAGGGACACUGUACAAGGUGGCUGUUGUUACCUGCAGUGGAGAUAAGACCAGCGACAUAUCCAUCUGGGCCCGAACAGAUCCCGCAGCUGUCACGUUCUUGCAGGCUGACAGUAGAAGAAGCUCUGAGGAUCUGUGGUUGAGCUGGAAAAAGGCUGUGGGUGAAGUGAGCAGCUACACCAUCCUCAUCUACAACCCUGAUGGGACUCAACAAACAGAACAGAGUCUGGCUCCUGACAGCACAAGUCAUGUGUUCCAAAACCUGCUUUCUGGACGACUCUACCAGGCUGUUGUCCGCACACACAGCGGAGAUCUCACCAAUAUGGCAACUACUAAGGGCAGGACUGACCCCAGGCCACCUGUCUCAUUCUCCUUUGGAGAAAUCACUAACACCUCACUGGAGAUCACCUGGAGUGGGCCAGAAAACACAGAUUAUAAUGACUUUGACCUUCAGUGGAGCCCCAGAGACCAUCUGUCUGUGUUCAACCCCUACCACAGCCCCACAUCAGGCAGCCGUAUCCUGAAAGGGAUGUACCCUGGUCGCCAGUACAACAUCAGUCUGCGUACGGUCAGUGGUGCCGGAACCAUCAACCCUACCUACAGCCUUCCCAUCUACAGAAGCAUCAGAACAAAGCCAGAGCGUGUCCAGAGUCUACACUGUCGUCCUCAGAACUCGACGGCCAUCUCGUGUUCCUGGAGUCCUCCAAACGCAGACUUUGACUCAUACACCAUUGAGUGCUCAAGACAGGACUCUCACAGGAUGGUCUACUCACAGCGCACAGUCAAAGAGACUACAGUCUAUCUGAUCAAAGAUCUGGAGCCUCAUAAACAGUACACUGUCUCUGUCAAAGUCAUCUCCGAAAGCAUGACCAGCGAGGCAGUCAUGGAAAAUGUGGUCACAAUGAUAGACCGUCCACCUCUGCCCUCGACUCGAGUCAGUGAGAACACGCUUCAAAUCACUGAGUCAACCAUUUCCUUCUGCUUUAACUGCAGCUGGUUCAGUGAUAUCAAUGGGGCUGUGAAAUUCUUCACCAUCCUUGUCACUGAAUCUGAUGACAGUGAAAACCAGCAGCCAUACCAGCAUCAUCCUCUUCCUUCAUACCUGGACUACAGAUCAAACAGUUCUGUCAAAUCUUACCAGACCAGUUACUUCCGCAGCCACUGUGAUGAGAGCCAGAGCAGAAUGCAAGAGUUUGAGAUUCAUCUGGGAUCAGGCAUGGAGAAUCUUGGAGGACCGUGUGAUCAGACACCAUCUCAAGAUCAAGCAGUGUUCUGUGAUGGGCCACUGAAACCCAAGACAGCGUACAGACUGAGUGUUCGAGCAUUUACUAAACUGUUUGAUGAGAAGGAUGAGGAGUUUCUCUCUCCGCUCUACACUGAUACGUACCUGUCCAUGCCUUUUACAACAGAUGCAGAGCCACUGAGUGGGGUCAUCGAGGGAGUGAGCGCUGGGCUCUUCCUUUUCGCCACCAUGGUGGGUUUAAUCGUCCUCCUGAUCUGCAGACAGAAAGCACACAAAAUGGGUGCUCAGGAGCCUGUAGUUAGAAUGAGUUUGAGAAGAGAAAAAGCAGCCUCUGGAACUCACAUCAUUGUUAGAGGGAACCGUCGGGUUUCAAGGUACUGUAUUUCUCUGAGAGGAAAAUACAUCAUCCCUAUCAGUAUUACAAAUUUUGAGUCACAUUUGGCCAAACUUCGAGCAGACUCCAGCUACCUACUUUCAGAGGAAUACGAGGAUCUUAAAGAUGUUGGUCGUAAUCAGCCACAAGACUCGGCAUUAUUGCCUGAAAAUAGAGGAAAAAAUCGCUACAAUAAUAUACUGCCUUAUGACUCCACUCGAGUGAAGCUGUCUUAUGUCGAUGAUGAUUCGUGCUCAGACUAUAUUAAUGCCAGCUAUAUUCCUGGCAAUAACUUCAGACGGGAGUAUAUAGCGACUCAGGGUCCGUUACCCGGCACUAAAGAUGAUUUCUGGAAGAUGAUCUGGGAGCAGAAUGUGCACAACAUUGUUAUGGUGACACAGUGUGUAGAGAAAGGAAGGGUAAAGUGUGACCAUUACUGGCCAUUUGAUCAGGAACCGCUGUACUAUGGAGAUCUGGUCGUCCAGAUGCAGUCCGAGUCUGUGCUGCCGGAGUGGACCAUCCGAGAAUUCAAGAUCUGUAAUGAGGAACAUCUGAGCUACUCCAGAGUGGUACGUCAGUUCCACUACACCGUGUGGCCUGAUCACGGAGUUCCAGAGAUCACACAGUCACUCAUUCAGUUUGUCAGGACCGUGAGGGACUAUAUCAACCGAACACCCUUCUCUGGAGCCACUGUAGUGCACUGCAGUGCUGGAGUGGGCCGCACCGGGACCUUCAUUUCUCUCGACAGGAUCCUUCAGCAGCUGGACACAAGAGACACGGUGGACAUCUACAGCGUCGUGUUUGAUCUGAGACUUCAUCGCACAUACAUGGUCCAGACAGAGUGCCAGUACUCAUACCUCUAUCAGUGUGUUCGGGACGUACUUCGUGCACGAAAGCUGCGCAGUGAACAGGAAAACCUGUUGUAUCCCAUCUAUGAAAAUGUGCAUCCAGACCACCACAGAGAUGUGGUUUAUGCCAAACGCUGAUGUGUUGAUGGAUAAAAAGAGGUUCAAAAUGAAGAGGCAAAAACUUUGAUUUAUUUGAAAAACUUUUAAAAGUGUUUACGUAUAUUUCCUUAAAUUCCUUCUCAAAUACAUUUGUGUAUAUAUAUUAUGGAAAUAUACAUAAAUAUGUGUAUACCUAGAUGUAACAGAAUUUAUAAAUGUACAUUUUUUAUUCAAUAUUAAUUCAGUGUAUGUUUAUUCUUGCAUAAAAUACUGUUCAUUACUAGUCAAAUGUUGUAGAAUUAUUUUCUAUGAAUAAAAAUAUUAAUAAAACUACAGUAUUGUCUGUUUUUGUAUCAGGAAGAUUAAAUAUUUAGCACUGUCACUGAUACACAAGAAUUAAUUGAAUUCCUACAUUCAGACUGGUCAUAUCACUGACUAAACACUGAUUUCUCUCACUGUAAUAACCUGCUUACCAUCACAUUAUUAUUGUAUAAUUACUGCUGAAAAAUGUAUGUAAAUUUGCAUAUGGCCCCUGCAUGUGCAUGGUUAUCAGCAGAAAUUGUAUUUUAUUUGUACAAUAAGCUAAUAAAAUAUUAACAUUAAAUAUUGGAUAAUGCAUUGAACUUAA